AUGGGAUGUGUAACAAACAAAGAAUAGGACAUAAAGCAAUUUAAUAUCAAAUUACCAGACUCAUGUACUUUAGGGCAAUAUUUAAGAUAAUCAUACGACAAUAUAAACAGAAGCAGAUCUGUCUGAUUUUUAGGACUAAUUCUUAUAAAUUGGGAUGAAUGUAUGUGGUUUGGGCGAAUUUCUUCCCAAAGUUUAGGAAGUGUAUGAUUAACUCGGGGAAUUAUUCUAAAAUAUUUAAGGCCAGUAUUUGCUUAUGCCAGACCAAAGCAUAUAUUUUGGAUAAGUAAUCAAUGGCAAACGAUAAGGCGUUGGAAAAUAGCAUUGGCCAAAGGAAGGGAACUUGUUGGAAGGGUAUUGAUAUAAAUUUUCAAUCUUUAGGACUUGGGUUGAUAAUUAAUUGACUGGAAGAGCUCGAAUGAUAUAUCCAAAUGGAGAUUAGUAAAUAAUAAAUAUACAUAUAGUUUUGUUGGUAACUUUCUCAAUAAUAUUGCCAAUGGAUUGGGAAGAUUUGUAAAUUCUAAAAAAUAAGUGUGUGGAUUUUGGUUGAAUAAUAAAUUAACUGGAGAGGGAACUGAAAUUAGGAAAAAUGGAACCAUUUAUAAAGGAUAGUUUAAUGAAGGUAAAAUUUAAGGUUACGGGCAAUUUGAUUAUGCAAAUAAGUGCAUUUACAAAGGAAGUGUGUGCAAAGGUAAGAUGCAAGGAAAAGGGGAAUUAAUUUUUAAUGAUAAUACAAGAUACGUAGGGGAAUUCAGAGCCAAUUGCAUUUAAGGAAGAGGAAAUUAUGAAGCUGGGAUUUCAAUAACAGGAUGGGUAACCUAUUUCAACAUUCUUAUAGUUUCAUUCCAAAUUUGAAAAUUAAACCCUACAUAUUUACUUUUUUCGAUCUGAGACUCCUGUACUUAUUGAGAGCCAAUAUUGUACUCUAAUCGAAAAAUAGUUAGACCAAUUUUUUGAUUGA